AAGAACAAAUACCACCAGGCCCGUCCAAGAUGACAGCUCGCGCCCAUAGUCCUAUUUUCUUCAAGCUUACCUCAACCCGCAACGCUCCACUCUGAUAACCCUAAAUCCUCGCUGAACAUGAGAAGCGACAAAAAGAUCCCAUUGGUAUAUUUAUCUAGACUCCCCUUAACCGGCCACACUACCCACACGGGAAGCUAUACACGAAGUGACUCCAUACCUCUUAACCACUUCCAUACUACAAAGGCCGUGACUUGAGCCAAAUAAAACGGCGGACUGUCAAUUAGCCCCAUAACCCAACGUCUAGUGCUGCCGAUCUAAAUUCGCCGGUCGGGAUGUUCUCGGCAUUAGACCGCGGAACGGUACCGCACCCCCUAUAGAGAAAACAGAUAUACCAUGGCGUGGUCGACUAUAAAACCCACAGUACAUUUGUGAUUGUGCGGUGUAACAUACAAAGAUAUUGUACGUGAUUUUAAUAUUCUAGCAAUUAUGGCUUCUAUCAUUGUGAGCGGUGCCGCUGGGCGCCAGAUUCAAGUCCCGACCGGUCUCUUCAUCCACAACGCCUUCGUUUCUUCCACUACAGGCCAGACCCUGGUCGUCGAAAACCCUUCCACCGGCGAAUCCCUCGGAACUAUUUCUGCCGCCUCUCCCAAUGAUGUUGAUAAGGCUGUCGAGUCGGCCACAAUUGGCUUCAACACCUGGAAAAACACGCCCGGCCCGGCCCGCGCCAAGCUUCUCCUGAAACUGGCCGAUCUAAUCGAGCGAGAUGCAGAAGACUUCGCAUCCCUCGAGGCCGUCGACGCCGGCGUCCUGUAUACCGACAGCAAGGGAAUGAAUAUCCCGCAGGCCGUCGGUAACCUCCGGUAUUACGCUGGUUGGGCUGAUAAGAUCGAUGGGAAGACCUUGGCAAUGGAAGGUGGUGUCGCUUUCACUUAUCGCGAGCCAUUGGGUGUCUGUGGGGCUAUCGUACCCUGGAAUGCACCUCUGAUGAUCACAAUUUGGAAGCUGGCUCCGGCACUUGCAACCGGCAACUCGCUCAUCAUCAAACCCUCCGAGCUAUCUCCGCUCUACGCCCAGAAGCUCGCUCUCCUCAUCCAGGAAGCUGGUUUCCCUGCAGGUGUGGUGAACAUUAUCGCCGGAGACGGCGCAUCGGCCGGUAGGGCUCUGGCGGAGCACAUGACCGUACGGAAGAUCUCCUUCACGGGAUCUAGUGCUACGGGCCGACAGAUCUUGAAGACCGCAGCUUCAACGAAUCUGAAGCGAGUGAAUCUCGAGCUUGGUGGCAAGGGUCCGUCGAUAGUCUUCGACGACUGUGAUUUGGAUAAUGCAUUGCUGUGGACCAGAAUCGGUAUCACGGCUAACAAUGGACAGAUUUGCGCGGCUGGAUCCCGUAUCUACGUCCAGAAGAGUAUCUACGAGAAGUUCCUGGAGGCGUACAAGAAGAUGGCCGAGGGUAGUCCGUCGGUGAUUGGUAAUGCCCUUGAUCCUGCCACUAACAAGGGUCCAAUUGUGAGCUCGACGCAGCACAAGAAGAUUCUCUCGUAUAUUGAGCAGGGAAAGCAAUGUGGGGCCCGGCUCUUGUUUGGAGGUGAGAAGGUUGGAGAUAAGGGAUACUUUGUUGAGAACACCGCGUUUGCCGAUGUUUCUGAAGACGCGACGAUCAUGAAGGAGGAGAUCUUCGGUCCUGUCGCGAGUAUCGCGCCUUUCGAGACGGAAGAAGAAGUUAUCGCCAAGGCCAACAAUACCCUGCACGGCCUCAGUGCGGCAAUCUUCACGAAUGAUAUCAGUCGCGCCCAUCGUGUUACAGCCGCCCUGGAGUCCGGCCAAGUCACCGUGAACGCCUGGGCGAUGCUUAGCCCGAACGCACCCUUCGGAGGUGUGAAGGAGAGUGGCUUCGGACGUGACAUGGGUGAGGAGGCCCUCGAAGGAUGGACUUCAGUCAAGACUGUCAAGUAUGCCAUCUUUCCUCCGAAACUUUAGAUCGCGACGCCCUACAUAUUGAGGCCUUAGCGUAGCCUAAAGAUCGGUCACCGAUGAAGCAAGAUACCCAAUAAAGUUGAAUAAACGAGAUUCUUUAGGUUGGACACAGUAUUCCACGAAUGGGAAAAUAAGCACUAGACACGGAUCUGAAUCCUAAAGAAUAAGGAUGCUGCAUAUUAUGCAUAUUUAAUCUAGCGGAUACGAGACCCUACUGCUUUAGCGCCCAAAUGGGCAGCACACGGUACACCGGCGAGCGAUCCUAGCGUAAC